AUGCCGCCAAGAAGCCUUGGUUCCACCAAGAAGCCUUGGUUCCCGCCCCCUCAUCGGGCUCGCCCGACCACCAUCGCAGCUCUUCAGCCUCGCGUGUGUGCCCUCGCCUCUCUUGCCCCCUUUGAAUGUGAGGAGGAGAACUUUCCCGGGGAGAACAGCAGUGCCUUCUGGAUGAUUGGGAAGAUAAAGAAGGGGCGCCUGGUGAAGCCCUCCGGAGAUGGGUGGCUGCUAAGUGACCAUAAGAGAGAACAUCUAGCAGAGGUCCUGGCAUCGCAGACGCGGCCACCGAGCCCAGAAGGUCGAACGGGUUCCAGGGAUUCAAAGCUCCAGAAACUAAAACGAUCACUUUCUUUCAAGACCAAGAGUUUACGGAGCAAAAGCGCCGACAACUUCUUCCAGCGAACCAACAGCGACGUGAAGCUGCAGGCGGACAUGCUGGCCGAGGUCAGCCCCAGCUCCAGCCCGCUCCCUGCGCCCGGAAGCCUGACGUCCACACCCACCAGGGCCGCCCUGCACCCCGGGGCUGGCGGCAAGGCCCACGCCUUUCAGGAGCACAUCUUCAAGAAGCCCACCUUCUGCGAUGUGUGCAACCACAUGAUCGUGGGAGCAAACGCUAAGCAUGGGCUGCGCUGCAAGGCCUGUAAGAUGAGCCUCCACCACAAGUGCAUGGAUGGCCUAGCACCCCAGCGGUGCAUGGGCAAGCUGCCAAAAGGGUUUCGGCGUUACUACAGCUCCCCUUUGCUCAUUCACGAACAGUUUGGAUGCAUUAAAGAAGUUAUGCCCAUCGCCUGUGGCAAUAAGGUGGACCCCGUCUACGAGACCCUCCGCUUCGGCACCUCCCUGGCCCAGAGAACAAAGAAGGGCAGCUCGGGCAGUGGCUCUGACUCGCCUCACAGAACCUCUACUUCAGAUCUCGUGGAGGUUCCUGAAGAAGCUGACGGGCCAGGAGGCGGGUAUGACUCACGAAAACGCAGCAACAGCGUGUUUACUUAUCCCGAAAAUGGCACUGACGACUUCGGAGACCAAGCAAAGAACUUACACCACCAGGGAUCUCUUUCCAAAGAACCAUUACCGAUGAACACCUAUGUUGCCUUGUACAAAUUUGUACCACAGGAGAAUGAAGAUUUGGAAAUGAGGCCAGGAGACAUGAUUACUCUUCUAGAAGACACCAAUGAAGAUUGGUGGAAAGGAAAAAUUCAAGACAGGAUUGGCUUCUUUCCGGCCAACUUUGUUCAGAGAGUACAACAAAAUGAGAAGAUUUUUAGAUGUGUUAGGACCUUCCUUGGGUGUAAGGAACAGGGGCAGAUGACACUGAAAGAGAAUCAGAUCUGCGUGACCUCCGAAGAAGAGCAAGACGGCUUUAUCAGAGUCCUCAGUGGAAAGAAGAGGGGCCUCGUCCCCCUGGAUGUCCUAGAAAACAUCUGA